UCCCUGCGCCUGCGCGCGGUGAAGGGGGCAGUUCAGCAGCCCGCCGCCACCAGUGCUCUGGCCCCCGGGAUAGUGCGUGAGCCGCAAACUAGGCGCGUGGCUGGGUCCGGAGCGCGCUGGGGACGGUUGGCGUCCGGCAUGGCCUGGAGCCAGCCGGCGCUGCUGCUGUCGCCUCUGAUGCUCUUGGUGCUGACGACACCUGUCCAACUCUCCCCCGACUACCACUACUUCGGCGAGAAGGGCGAAGGUGACACCUGGGAGCUGCUGCGACAGCAGCAUCAAAAGGUCUCGGAGGAUUCGCUCCUGGGCCCUUGGGGAAAGUGGCACUGUUUCUGCAACCUGGGCAAACAAGAACGCAGCCGCGAGGUGCUGGGCACAGCUCCGGAGCCUGUGUUCAUGGACCGAGAGGACCUGGUCCAGGUGAGGCCCUGCAGGCAAAGGGAUUGUCCAUCCUGCAAGCCGAUCGACUGCAACUGGAGGCCUUGAACCCGGCCUCCGUGGGUAGAGCCCGAGAGACCCCGGGGCGGAGCUUGGAAAGUGACCCUGUGCAAAGCUCGCCCUCCGUUGCCUCCCGUGGGGACUACAAUUCCCAGGAGGGGGCACGGCAGCGGCGUCGGCGUCGGCUGCG